AUACCACCUUCUAUCACAGUCGGAAUCAUGCCUCCGCCGAAUAGGAUACUCGACCGCGGGGACGAUGACGGUAUGUCUCCUUUGCUACCUUGAGGUCUGCCCCGUCUGCAAGUCCUCGCGGUAUCUGAACCCGGACAUGCGGUUCCUCAUUAAUCCAGAAUGUUACCAUAAGAUGUGCGAGUCGUGUGUGGACCGAAUAUUUUCUGGAGGACCAGCGAACUGUCCAGUGGCAGCGUGCCACAAGACGUUGCGGAAGAAUCGAUUUCGGAAGCAGACAUUCGAAGACAUCAACGUGGAGAGGGAGGUUGAUAUUCGGCGGAGAGUGAUGCAGAUCCUCAACCGCCGCGAAGAAGAAUUCGACUCGAAACGAGCCUGGGACGACUUCCUCGAACAGCGCGAAGAGAUUAUCGCAAACCUCGUAACACGGACCGACGUAUCCAAAACCGAAUCCGAUCUACAAGCCUACGCAUCUGAAAACGUCCGCUCCAUUCGCGCCAACCAGGCCCUCGAAGCCGAAGAAGCCACGUCAUUUCAGGAACAACAGACACUCGAACAAGAACAAGCACGUCUCCGCCGUCAAGCCGUUCGGCAGGAAUACGAAGACGAACGGCGUGAGAUUCUUGCUGGCAAAGAGGACGUCAUCAGCCGUCUUGCCUCUGGCAAGCCUACAGAUGCAGCGUCUAUCGCACGCGAGGGUCAGAAGGUUCUCCUCAAGAAGUCCUCUGCUCGUCGUAGUGAGGAAGAGCGGAUUCGACAGAAACAAGCUACGCUGCGGAACUCGGACGCUAAGAAGGCUGGAGGUCCAGUGGCGCCGACAGAGAGGGCGGGUGGUACUGGCUUGAUCAAGGGUCUGAAGAAGAUCAAGACCCCGGAACCAGAGAAGCCGUACGAUCCUUUUAUGGGACUGGUGCCGGACAAACGGGAUUAUUUUAUGUUGCGAGACCACUACCCGUCUGGUUAUCUCGAUCCCAUCAGACAGGAUACUCGUGUGCAGGCCGGUGGAUACGACCUGCGGGAGUAUUAUUCACGUACUCUGCUCGAGGCAUUUGCGGGAUUGGGUUGUUUUGUCGAUGAAGAAGUGUCCAAGCGAGAUGCAUCGAGUGCAUUGGGACUUUCUAGACCGGCUACUGAAGGAGCAGCGAUGGCAGCUGUUACCGGUUCUGGUCUAAACGACGAGAAGAUAUGAUCUCUCUCGCUGUUUUUGUGGCGGCUUCUUGCAUUAUAUAACGGAACAUCUUUUUAAGGCGUCUUUAGGUCAUGAGCAUAGCGAACGGCGUUUUGGUUAGGGAUUUUAAUCAAUUUUGGUCAUUUGACAAUUAAUACAAGAGUAACAGAGAACACAUGAAUAG